AACCCCGUCCACUGCUUUGAUUCCAAAGAAAAUCCUCCAAGAUGCCCACCACCUCUGGUACAGUCAGCAGUUUUGACGGCGGGAACAAAAUCACAGCCACCUUUGUAGUUGAUGGCGUGCAGUGCACAUUCAAUGGCAGCUUCGAUCCCCCGGUGGGAGACUUCAACAGCUACGAUGCGAAGUUGGACUACAGUGACAUCAAACAAUUGACUACUCAGCGAGAGUUUAGAGGGAAAGUCAGUUCCCAGAACCUGAUAAUCGACACGAAUAAUGGUGCAAAGAUCACCAGCCACUCCGACAAGCCCAUUUCUCCUGUUAGUCAAUUCUCUGGAAGGGGAAGUUGGGAGCACAGCUGAUGCGAGGUUAUGGGGGCGAUAUUUGAAUUGGGCUGUGCUGCGGUGGGGCUACAUGUGCUUGGGAUUUACAAAUAUGAAUUGAGACGCUUUGGGCUGAACCUUGAUAAGAG